AUGAUAUCCCUCUACUUUUUAGUACUUCUAGGUUUUUCAGAUGCGUCAUCCCUUUGGCGAGAGAGUAAUAGCACGAACAAUGUCACUAGUAGGGCUUGUGUUGGGAUGGCAACUACGACUUCUACAAUCGUACAUACUACAACUUGUGCGAUAGGUUCGCAGGGUUCUCUAUUCCCAACCAACCCAUCCCUCCGUUUGCCUUUACCCUUAUGGAACAACGGAACGGAUUCAACCCGGAAUCUCUCCAAGCCGACCGAGCCUAGCGUUCCUUUCUCCAGUUCCUCAAGUUUGAUAGAUAACCGAGAGACACUAGUGUUUAAAGUUGUCUUCACAAUCGCUAUCUAUAUAGGCUCUAUAGCUUUCAUGCUCUAA